AUGUGGUUACGUCACACGUGUGCGACAGCACCUGCUCGGGACCGCAAGCUCACUAGUGAGGCCGUGGUUCUUCCUUGUGAGGUUGAGGCGCCUCCAGAGGCGGCCGAAGCUCGGAGAUUCAUCCUGCUUGACAUUGGGCCAGUGAAGGAGUUCAGUUCCGAGGUUGCGGGUCCUUGCCUGGAGACUCGCGAGUUGGAGAGCGGUCGCGUGCUGUACACGGCGGCCCAAGUGGCUACCGAGCCCGGAGAGCUUCGCGCUUACUCUUCUUGUUCCCUUUCCAGAGAAGAACUCUUUCGGUCAGGGUAGCUUUUUAAAGCUCAGGAGGGAAAGAGAGAAUCACAAUUAAAGAAAUUAUUUCGGCUUUGCAACGUCGGACACUUUAAUAGUAACUGGGGAGCAAUUGCGUUCAGGGAGAUCGAGGACAAGUUUCCUGGCUAGAUCCUGGCAGGUUCCGGUAAGAGUUUUCUGCGGAGGCCACCUUUGGAGGACUAUGUAUUAUUAAUGGAAGAGGGCCCACCACAGCAGUACCACCAUGACAGGGUUAAGAAAUACCAUCACUAGCAUAAUUCAUGGAGCUUAAGUCAAAUUCAAGAAUGGGUAGACCAUGUGAAUUUUAUUCAUAGUGAUAUUUCAAAAGCAAAGGAAGACAUAAAGUCUCUAACAUUUGAUACACUAAGUUAUUUUAGAUGGUUUCUGUGUGUAAAUGAGCUCAGAGAAUGGCUGGUUUGUCUUACAAAACUGAGACAUGGAAUUCUGCUUUCAAAAGUCAGAGCAAACAUCAACACAAAUUUACAGUUACAUUCUCAAAAGGAAAUUGGAGUUGGAAAUGAAGUGUUUCACAAGGAGAGCCAUGAAGAGUCACAUUCUGAUAUUCCACACAGACCAUGCCCUUAUAUUGCUAGACUUGUUCACUGGUAAAGUGGUCACACAUGUCUACUGUUUUCAGAAUAUAUAAUUAAAUGUUUCUUUUAA